GGAGCUUUCAGACGAGUCAGUGAACGCAGCAUUGACUCCAGUGGGUCGGGCUUCAGACAGGAGGUCAUGACAAACAUGGCGUGGAGAGGAUGUGUAAUGAAAUGGGCCAAAACAGAGCUGACCAGAUCCACCAACACUACCUCACAGAGCUCCAGACUCAACUCCUGCAACCAACAGAGAUGUGGUUUCCGUCGGGAAGCCAAAAGGCCAGAUACAAAGAAAGGAAAUGUCACCCAAGAAACAAACCUCUCUGAGGCUGGCGCACCGGGUCCCCCACCUCCUCCCAAAGUCCCCAGACCGACCCUUUUCAAACCGCUGAUGUUCACAGUAGGGUUUACAGGGUGCUCCUUUGGUGCUGCAGCCAUUCUGCAAUACGAGACCAUGAAGUCGAGAGUUCAGUCUGCAAAAGAUGAAGAUGAGGCAGAAAACGUCUCACAGGGCUCCCAGGACAUGGCAUACUGGCAUGACUGGUGGAAACAGCUAUCAGGCUUCCAGCGACAGCUCAUCCUCCUGAUGUCCAUGAUGGACGACUUCUGGAGUAGCCUCACAGAAGGACAGAGGACUGUCACUGGUAUCAUUGCAGUUAAUGCUGUAGUCCUGUGUUGCUGGCGGAUGCCUUCGAUGCAAAGAAGCAUGAUUAAGUACUUCACCUCCAACCCAGCCUCCAAAACACGCUACCUUCCCAUGGUACUGUCCUCCUUCAGCCACUACUCUAUUAUCCACAUGGUGGCCAACAUGUAUGUCCUGUGGACAUUCUCCUCAGGAAUUGUCUCUCUCUUAGGGAGGGAACAGUUUCUCGCAGUCUACCUGUCUGCUGGUGUGAUUUCUACUAUGGUUAGUUACAUGUGUAAAGCAGCCAGUGGGCGCCUCUAUCCAUCAUUAGGAGCGUCAGGUGCCGUCAUGGCAGUACUGGCUGCAGUCUGUACAAAAGUGCCAGAGGCCAAACUAGGCAUAAUCUUCCUCCCUAUGAUCACUUUCACAGCAGGAAAUGCUCUGAAAGCGCUCAUCGCCAUCGAUACAGCAGGACUUGUUCUGGGAUGGCGGCUGUUUGACCAUGCAGCUCAUAUUGGCGGAGCCCUUUUUGGAGUGUGAGUGGCCAAUGUACCUCUUGCAUUUAAAAAAAGAGGAGUCAAGUACAUUU